CUGUGAGCCGGUUACCAUCCGAACUCCUCUUGCAAGUUCUUGAGUCCCUCAGACAACGUGGCCCGGGUUCGAAGUGGGCGAUCCAACCGAUGGGCGUAUGCCGAUAUUGGCGGGCGACUCUGGUCUCCUCUCCGCUAGCAUGGUCUGCCAUUGACCUCAGUGAUAGCGUCCCCUUCAUACAACUCUGUCUCUUGCGCUCGAGAGAUGCAGACCUUCAUGUCUCCUUCACGAUGCGACGUCCCGCUCCGUUCGACCAUCUGCCAUCCAUGCGCGCCCAGUCAACAACAUACUCGCGCCGCACUUCCACCGUAUGCGUGGCUGGACUUGCAGCCGUAUUCCUUGCUCUCGCUUUAUGAAGCCUCUCUUUUGUCGAUGCUGGAGGGGCCGAUGCAUCGGCUUACAGUGCUCAAGCUAUCAUCUCCGAACACUAUCCUUGGACAGCGUAUCCAUUCACUGGGAUGGGUUAGUGCUACCCAAUCUAACCACCUCAAUCUCACUUCUAUACCGAGACGCCGACUACCAACGGUGGACGCCGUGGUCGAUCUCCUAGAGGCAGCACCGUACAUACGGGAGGUAGCUGUCCUACAUUCCGGCCCUGUGCUACCUUCCACAGGUCUCCCAUUGCCGCGUCGCCCAGUGGCGCUCAAUUGCCUGAGAACACUACAUUUCACCGGCCAAUCCGCCCAGUGUAAUGCUUUUCUCUCGCGGCUAUCCAUCCCGUCCAGUGCUCGCGUCCUGCUCCUGGGUGGGGCCCUCUACACGCCGGACCAGUCUCCUGUCGUCCCCGUCGGUAUGAGGACGUUGACAUCAAUGCUCCCGGAAGACACCCAGCUCGUCGGCCCCUUGCAGGCAGUCCGCUCCGUCUGGCUGCAGGUAGGGGGGGAGUGGUUCGCCCUUUGGGCAGAUCCAAAGCGGUCAGAUUACAAAAACAGGAACCCCACUGUCCGGAUAACGUUCGAAUCUACGGAGGACCCUUACGACCACUUCCUACCAAAUGCGCUCGCCGAGCUGCCCCGCAUGUUUCACCGCUCUUUGACCUCGCUCACCGUAACGAGUGGCGGCAUCCGUGUCGUUCGUCAAGAACAGUGGGCGCAGCUGUGCGCAUCGUUUCCGCACCUGCGCAAUGUGCGGUUGCUAUCGAAGUUCCCGUUCUUUGAGGAGCUCUUUCAGGUUUUGCGACUAUCUGGGGGUGCGCCCCCUUGGCCCAAGCUGAAGAACCUCUUGUUAGGAUCUGAACAAGCGGUAGAGGGGGACAUCGAGCAGAUGCUGCUCAGCUUGUAUGAUUGCGUGGAAGAACGCUUGCGAAUUGGAGGGGCGAGACUCGCAGAGUUGCGAAUCGUCACACCAGUACGGUCCAUACACUGGGAGGAGCAUGCCUCACGUUUUGACGGAGUGGUCGAUCGGCUCAGCCACUGCGGCGACUUCAACAUGGCCUCGACCGCUCUGGGAUAGUUACCGGUAGGAAACGAGUAACUUGCGCUAUACUGGUCGUAGAUAUUCUCGCGCAUUGUAUGGCAUUGCAGUGGGUUCAAGUCGUACUUGAGCACCACGUGUACAGUCCACGACAGCCUAACAGGAUAG